AUGAAGGAUCAAAUCUCAUCGGAACAUGUGGCUGAGGUUGAGACAGACUCUCCAAUUAAUACUGAGAAGGUUUCAGUCUUGAAUGACGAGAAUGUCGCGCUUGAGACUCGCAUCCGGCACAAGUUUGACAGGCGCAUUUUGGUGCUGGGAACCCUGAUUUACCUCUUUGCUCAGAUUGAUCGAUCAAAUAUGAGCAACGCCGUGGUUCUUGGAAUGGGGAAUGACAUUGGCCUUCGCGGAAAUCAAUUCAAUAUCAGUCUUACACUCUUUUUCCUUACUUACAUUCUGUUUGAAAUGUAUGGGCUGCCCCAAAUUUCCCAUAGUGGCUUUUCAGCUCGCGGACCGCGGAUCUGGCUAAGCACCAUCACAUUUGGAUUCGGGUUGGUCACUCUCUGCACUGCAUUUAUCGAAAAUUACCACGGCCUGGUGGUAUGUCGUUUGCUGCUGGGUGUAUGUGAGUCUGGGGUGCAGCCCGGCAUUGUUUACGCAUAUUCUCAGUUCUACCGGCGCCAUGAGAUGGCUAGUCGUCUAGGGAUCAAAGCCGCUGGUGCUUCAAUUGCUGGAGCAUUUGGUGGGCUCCUGGGCAGUGGUCUAGGCAGAAUUCCUCAGCAUGGGAUCUUGAAAAGUUGGAGGUGGAUUUUCCUAAUUGAGGGACUCCUGACUCUAGUUCUCGCGGUUGUCGUUUUCGCGCUGAUGCCUGGUGACGUGGAGACGUCAAAAUUCCUCAAUAACGACGAACGUGAAGUCGCUAGCAGGAGAAUAGCUCAGGAAAAUAUGACGACAGGCGAAGAGAGGAUGGAUCUCGCUACAUUCAAGAAAGCACUCUGGAAUCCAAAUACCCAGAUGACUGGACUAGCGCUGAUUAUGUCACUUCUGUCCUUGACUUCGCUCUCGUUAUUUAUGCCUACCUUACUCAAAUCUGGCAUGGGGUAUAGCCCAACAAAUGCCCAGCUUUUCUCAGUCCCUCCAUAUGUCGCCGCAGCGAUCGCCUGCGUUAUUGGCUCAUUCCUAGCAGAUCGGCUACACACCCGCGGAUACAUACUCCUGACUUUUACUCCCCUCACCAUCACCGGAUUCGUCAUCCUAGCCACGGUCAAACAGGCCGGCGUGCGAUACUUUGCCCUAUUCAUAGCCACCACUGGCGCAUUUACCUGCUCCCCCAUUUUCCUGGCAUGGGUUAGCGGCAACUCUGCAGGUCCUGCUGUCCGCGCAAUUGUCACUGCGUAUGCCGUGGGAAUCGCGAACGUCGGAUCCAUCAUUGCCACAUGGACUUACCUCCCUGGUGAAGCGCCUUAUUAUAGAAUGGGACACUGGAUAAAUUGUGGAGCUGCAUGUAUUCUGUUUCUUGCGGUGGGAUGCAAUAUGGUCUAUCUUAAGAUGGAAAACCGAAUGAGGAUGGCGGGUAAAAGGGAUCAUAGAUUGGCAGGGGCGACUGAGGGGGAAAUUGGCAGAUUGGGGCAUUAUCAUCCGGAGUUUCGAUAUACGCCGUAA